GGGGGGUAAAAAUGGCGACGCUGCGGGGGUGGGAGCAGCAAUGGCGUCGUACCGGGUCCGUGUCCGCACCGGCACUCAGCCCGGAGCCGGAACCGCCGACUCCAUCUCCAUCACUUUGGUGGGGACCCGCGGCUGUAGCCCCAAAACCCCCCUGGAUGGGUGGGGACCCGACUUCUGCUGCGGGGGGGAGCGCGAAUACGUCGUGCAGAGCCCGCGGGCGUUGGGAGCGCUGCUGCUGCUGCGGGUCCAUAAGGAGCCCUAUGGGCGCCUCCCCCAAAGCUCGUGGUUCCUGGAGAGCGUCCGCGUGUGGCCCGUGGGGGGGGGGGGACGCGGGGGACCCCAUUGGGGACAGCGACGACCCCACUGAGGACAGCGAUGACCCCACUGAGGACAGCGACGACCCCACUGAGGACAGCGAUGACCCCAUUGGGGACAGCGACGGCGGCAGCGAUGGCGAUGAGGAGCUGGAAGAGGAGGAGGAGGAGGAGGCGGAUGGGGAUGAUGAGGAUGAUGAUGGUGGUGGUGGUGGGGAUGAAGGUGAAGGCGAUGAUGGGGACGUGAAGGACGGCGGUGUCACCAACUCGGAAACCGCUGACCCCGACGACGACCCCUGCGACCCCGAUGACCCCGACGACCCCUGCGACCCCGACGACCCCUGCGACCCCGACGAGGGCCUGGAGGAUCUGGAGGCGCUGUAUGGCGGCGCCGACGCUGACGAUGGCGGGGGGGCCGCAGCUCCGUGCCCCCCCUAUUCCUUCCCCUGCUACCGCUGGCUGCAGGGCUUCGGCACCUGGGAGCUGCCCGAGGGCACAGCCAGGACCCCGGCUCAGGAGCGGCACCCACUGCUGCAGCGGCACCGGCGCCGAGUGCUGGCACAGCAGCAGCGCAGAUACAAGUGAGUGGGGGGC